AUGGAUACAUCAACAGCAUCAUCAGAGGCUGUGACAAUUACAAUCUCAAGGAGUGAUGAUGAUCCUUUACAUGCUUCUCCAACAAUUCAGGAUGAGCGUGAUAACAACGAAUCUCUUGAUACUGUUGGAAAUUCAGGACCAAGUUCAAGGCGUGCGGAUCUGUCCCUCCAAGUGCCGCCUAGACCUGCUGUUUUUGGAAGUUCUCGCAGUGGAAAGGGUUUCUACUCUCCUGGUGUCUCAGGUGCUAGCUCCUCUGCUGCUGGAUUUCUUCGAGCUUUUAGCUUCAAAAAGAAACCAACAGGAGUUGAUGGUGAAAGAAGCUCUCUCCUCUAUUCUGAUCCCAAGGCUGCCCCUGAAAGCCCUGUUCUGUCUAAUUUGCGCACCAACAUCCACUGGAAAAGAAGCACUUCUCUUCCUGUAAACCACGCCACGAACUCAACCCCUACCGUGUCCACACCUAUUUCAGCAAGGACCUUUAACGAAAGGCACCGAUCAAACGUUGGUGCACGUAAAGCUACUGCUUCAAGGUCUCUGUCUGGAAAAAACUUUGUUAUCGUAAGAUCGACAUCCUUUGCUAACCGUGACGAGAAUCUUUCAAAAGCUGAUAGUGACCAAAUAACUCCAGCCCCAGUUGAUGAUGAUGAAGAGAUUCCUGAAGAGGAAGCAAUAUGCAGAAUCUGCUUUGAUCCAUGUGAAGAAGGAAAUACACUCAAAAUGGAGUGCAGCUGCAAAGGUGCUCUGAGACUUAUUCAUGAAGAGUGUGCGGUCAAAUGGUUUAGCAUGAAAGGAAGUAAAAACUGUGACGUCUGUGGACUGGAAGUAAAGAAUUUGCCUGUAACUUUGCUUCGCUUGCCAACUGAUGCUCAGAGAAAUUACAGGAUGGAUGGCCAUAAUAGUUCAAAUGCACAGGCUAUAAGUGCUUGGCAGGAUUUUGUUGUACUUGUCUUGAUUAGCACAAUUUGCUAUUUCUUCUUCCUUGAGCAAUUGCUGAUUCAUGACAUGAAAACUCGGGCGCUUGUAAUUGCAGCACCUUUUUCUUUUACAUUGGGCCUUUUGUCAUCUAUAUUUGCUGUGAUACUAGCUAUCAGAGAAUAUAUAUGGACAUAUGCUGCUCUCGAGUUUGCCCUUCUCGCCAUUAUCCUUCACUUUUUCUAUUCCUUAGUGCGCUUGUCGGCAGUCUAUUCUAUCUUACUUUCUUCUGUUUUAGCCUUUGGACUGGCUAUGGGUCUUAACUCUCUUUAUAUGAGAUACUUUUCAUGGAGAGCUGAAGUACUAACCCAAAGUUCAAACCCGCCGCAGCCACCACCACAACCACAACCACAAUUGGUGUGA